AUGUCUAAUAUUGUGGGUAUUGAAUACAAUCGUGUCAACAACACAGUUUCCAACGAUUUUCCUGGGUUUUCCUCUGCUAGAGAUAAUGCAUGGGAUGUUGAGAAGUUUAGAGAGAGAUUUGACAUCAAAAUUUCUAGUAUGUCCGAGAGAGAGGCCAACUUCGACCUUGUGCACAUUGACACUUCUGUUGCGAACGCGUUUCGUCGUAUCAUGAUUUCGGAAGUUCCUUCUGUCGCCGCGGAAUACGUUUACGUUAUGAACAAUACGUCCGUUAUUCAGGAUGAGGUCCUAGCACACAGAAUCGGUAUGAUCCCAUUGAAGGUUGAUCCUGAUAUGUUGACAUGGAUUGAUCAAAGCUUGUCGGAGGAGGAGAAAUUCACGGAUGAGAACACUGUUGUUUUGACGCUAAACGUUAAGUGCACCCGGAACCUAAAUGCUCCAAAGGACUGCACCGAUCCAAAAAUUCUUUACAAAAACUCCAGUGUGUACGCCCGUGACCUGAGGUUUGAACCACAGGGGAAACAGUUAGAAACUUUUGCAGACUGCCCUGUCGUACCCUCUGAUCCAGAUAUCCUAUUGGCCAAAUUAAGACCAAACCAGGAAAUAUCUUUGAGAGUGCAUUGUAUCCUCGGUAUUGGUAGCGACCACGCAAAGUUCUCCCCAGUUGCUACCGCCUCGUAUAGACUACUACCUCAUAUCAAUAUUCUGGAACCAAUAACAGGCGAGUCAGCCAAAAGAUUUCAAGCAUGUUUCCCACAAGGGGUAAUCGGCAUUGAUUCUGAGGGGAAGGCAGUUGUAGAGAACGCCAGAAAAGACACAGUCUCUAGAGAAGUCCUGAGAUACGAGGAGUUCAAAGAUAAGGUCAAAUUGGGCAGAGUGAGGGAUCACUUUAUUUUCAAUGUCGAAAGCACGGGUGCCAUGACUCCCGAGGAAAUUUUUUUCAAGUCUGUUAGAAUCUUGAAGAACAAGGCGGAGUAUUUGAAGAACUGUCCAAUCAGCCAAUGA